UUGUUUCAGACUGUGCUGCAUAAACACAUUCAUGGAUUCUGGGCCUGGAUGCUCUCAGCUACACCUUCUAAGAGUGCUCCUGAUUUCUGCUGCAGCACGUGCCGCCAACCUUGAGGGAGAACUUCUAACUGAUUUGAUGAAGGGCUACAACAAGAAUGUCCAACCAAAUGAAAGAAAUGGGAAUGUCACCCAAGUCUCCAUCAAGAUGACCCUCACCAACCUCAUCUCUCUGAAUGAAAAAGAGGAAGUCCUAACAACCAGCGUGUGGAUAGAAAUGGUAUGGUGUGACUACCGACUGAGGUGGGACAAACCACCGAGAUCAGCUUUGUAUGGGAACAUUACAUCUCAACUACGGGUUCCUUCCAGAAACAUCUGGCUGCCUGACAUUAUAUUAGAAAAUAAUGUAGAUGGACAGUUUGAGAUAGCUUACUACUGUAACGCUCUGGUUUCCCCGGAUGGCUGCGUGUAUUGGCUGCCUCCUGCCAUCUACCGUAGUGCCUGUGCAAUCACAGUAAACUAUUUUCCCUUUGACUGGCAAAACUGCUCUAUGAUAUUCCGAUCCCAGACUUACAGUGCCAACGAGAUUGAGCUGAAGCUCCAAAAGAAGGAUAACUAUACACUGGAGUGGGUGGAAAUAGACAAAGAAGCUUUUACAGAGAAUGGUGAGUGGGCGAUAAGACACAGAGCGGCCAAGAAGGUGAUCAACACACAGUAUACCAAGGAUGACCUGGAGAACCAGCAGAUUGUUUUCUUCCUCGUCAUCCAGAGAAAACCUGUUUUCUACAUUAUCAACAUUAUUGUUCCCUGUGUCCUCUUCUCCUCCCUUAGCCUGCUGGUUUACUUUUUACCUGCCAAAGCUGGUGGCCAGAAGUGCAACAUGGCUAUUUACUCGCUUCUGGGUCAGACUGUUUUCCUCUUUCUGAUCGCCAAGAAAGUUCCAGAGACUUCAAAAGCAGUGCCUCUUAUCGGAAAAUACCUGAUGUUUGUGAUGUCAGUGACCACCAUUGUUAUAAUAAACUGUGUGAUCGUUCUCAACGUGUCUUUAAGAACUCCAAACACUCACAAAAUGACAGACAAAGUUCGUGAGAUCUUUCUGAAUACGUUACCUCAGCUGCUCCAGAUGAGGAUGAAACCCUGGACGCCAAACAUCAAACCAGAGAGAGCCCGCUGCCGGCGCUGCAGCUCCAUUACCUUCAUGGCCAAAGCAGAGGAAUAUCUAGUUAAAGUGGCUCGAUCUGAACUGAUGUUUGAAAAACUCAAAGAGAGGAACGGAUUGAUAAAGUCAGUUCUAGAAAAGCUUCAUGGUGGACUCAAAGGAGGAACAGCUGAAGAUCUCAGUGUGAGUCUAGCACAGGCCUCACCAGAGCUCAGGCAGUGUGUGGCCUCCUGCAAACACAUAGCGGAGACUGCGAAGCAGCAGAACAACUUCCAGAAAGAAAAUGAAGAAUGGUUCCUGGUUGCCCGUGUGAUCGACAGGGUCUGCUUUAUUGUCGUGGCGUUGGUGUUUUUCAUCGGCACGAUUGGUAUCUUCCUGAUGGGCCAUUUCAACCAGCCUCCUUCCACCCCGUUUGAUGGUGAUCCAAGGGAGUAUCUCCCCCCAGUAGAGAGUCACCUUCUGAGCUGAACCAGGAAAAGCUCUUUGAUUUAACCUGAUUACGGUCCAUAAAUCUAUGAUAAUGUUUGUGCAGGUUCAUUACAAAUGUCUCUGGCAAAAAGAAUAUAAAGUAAUGCUUUAAGGCAAUUGUGGUUCUCUGGUGGAACCUAAUAAUGGCAAGAAACUAUAUUUGUAUGGAUGUAUUAUCUUGUAAUCUGUAGAUGGCUGUUGAACCCACACAUUUCUUUCCAAACCUUUUUCUGCUUUCCCACGUCUUUCAUAGGAAUGGAGAGUCAUCCGAAUCGAGUGUUUGCUCUAAAAUGUUUAAUCUAGCGAGGCGGUAUUCAUUUCAUUUGGACAUGUUGGAUAUUUAUAAAUAAAGUCACAUGGCAAUUAUCUGACAUUGCAAUUUUUGUUAAGGUUUAUUGUAUUUAUCUAAUAUUUACCCUUUUUUCUCUAAGGCAUAUUAGCUGAAAAAUACAAUGAAUAAAAAAACAAGGGUUGUUUAUGUUUUGGUUGUUAAAGCCUGAAAUUGUCACUUUGUAAAUAUGUUAUUUUUUUUUUUUC